UAUAUGAUUAAGUAUAUAAGAUUUAAGCAUACGUGAUUAUGCUAUUCACUAAAAACUACAGUACUGAUUUAAGUGCAGGCAAGUACUAUAUUUAUAUUUCUCUGCGAAGAAUUGCCAUGGACGUAUCAACUGAACCGAGAAAUCUUAAUGGAGGGCGCGAGGAUGUUUUGGAACAAUCUGACUAUUUUAUGGCAACUGCAUUUUUAACUGCUCAACAAAGCAGAGACCCAUGUACACAAGUUGGAGCAGUUAUAGUGAACGAACGUAACAUCAUUGUUGGAAUAGGACAUAAUAAAAUGCCUAACGGAUGUGAAAAUUUCAUGGUCUAAAAAAAAAGCCUAAAGGAUAAAC